AUGAAAGAGGAUGGGGAAGAUCACCCUCAAAUAUUCCCUAUCCACCUUAAUUGUCUACUGAAAAAGAAGCUGGCGUUUCGUGUGAAGUAUACUACCUUCUACAAACAAUGCUCGAUUGCCAUGCUUAAUAGGGAUGAACACAUGUACAACAUGAUCAAUGAAUAUAUGAACCCAAAUGAGGUAACUCAUACACUCUACGUACAAAUACUUAUGGAAAUGCUGUCAUGA